AUGGGUCAAACAAAAUAGAAAAAUAAUUUUUUCACACAAAUCAUGAAAUAGUUCUUUUCAUUUCAUUCGGGGUUUGCGUUACUUGCGGUAUAUGUUUACGUUUAUCAGCCAAUGCAGUGCAGUGGUGUAACGCAUUUGAAUUUGGGUGGUGACUGCACUUCUGUGCAUAAAAAGCUUUGUUUUUGUUUGUAAUAAAAUAGACGACGUCAUAAAAGGGUGUUUUUAAUGUGUCGCUUUGGGAUUUCACUCAAUUUGUGCAUUAAAUUAAAGAAAUUAAAAUGAUAAAUGCUGAAAAUUCCAAUUCGGUUCCGGUGUUUGUGCCGCCACGAAAGCGUCAGACAUCGAAGAAGCAAAACGGUGUGCAGAAUUAUGUGGAUCAUAUAGUUUGUGUGCAGCCAACUGAUCGAAAAUACCCGAUAUCAUCGAGUUUGGAAGAUUUACUUACUAAAACGAAUCAAGCAAGUGAGCGAAAGCAAUUGGUCAGUUCAAUGAAGGCUGCGAGCAAGACAUCGAUUGAUUGCAAUUCGAAGAAAUCACCAAUCCAUGACAUACAUUUAUCCAUUGAGGAUGUUAUUAAAACGCAAUCAAUGUGCCGGAAAUCGCCAUCGAUGCGAAAUGAAAGCCUCAAGACCGCUGCACCGACAAGUCGUUCAGAGGAUAAUUUGGACAUCAAUCGAGUGCCAACCGAUACUGUGCGUCAGUUUAAGAAGCGUGUCAAUAUACUCACCUCAGUCGAUCAUCCGUCGUCGAAGCAAAAAUUGUGCAGCUCAACCAUUAGCAUCGAACAUGAGCAUGCCGAAUCAAAUACCGAAGACUCGAAUGAAGUGAAUCUGUUGAAUUCGAAAAAUAGUUCGUUGGCUCGUACACGAUUGCCCGACAACUAUCUAACCAUGACAGGUACAAUAAAGCGAGGCAAAAAGAAGGGACAAUGCCUCGAUGUGCAACUGAACAUAUCCCGCGAUGAAUUGGAGAAAAUCAAUUCAACGGCUUUAAUGAUGCAAAAAGUGAAUGAAGAAUCACAAAAAUCCUGCUGUGUAUGCUCGUUGGCAUCGGGCAUUCACAUUUUGUUGCUCUCACUACUGUCACUGCCCUUUGUGGUUGUCAUCACAAGUAUUUAUGCAUUUUACGUUGGCACCAUAACAUGGUACAACAUGUUUACUUACUUCAACGAAGAGAAAUCCUAUUUGCAUAAGUUUCUAAUGUCACCAUUGCUUAUCAUUGCCUAUCCCAUUGGGAUUGUGCUAUGUACAAUCGGUCUUGCCAUUUAUUCGGGUAUCGUUCAAAUCAGCACAAAGUUCGUCAAGUGGUCGAACGAAAUUGCUGACAUUGAAAAAGGUUUCUAUGGAUGGUUGUGCAAUUUUCUGCACCUAUCCGAUUGCAGCCCAUACGAGGUUGUUAUACUCACUGAUCUCAAGGUGGCCGACGAAACGGUACCAGCCAACUCAUCAACCGAAGAACUCUCAAUCUAAGUCACAUCACGUGUGCAUGAGCUCGUCACACAUUCGAAUGAACUGAACAUGAGUCAUGACUAAAUGAUAUUUUUAAAUCAAAAUACUGCGCAUCUAUAUCAAAAACCAAGAACGUAUUAUCUAACUGUAGCGUUACAACUAGUCAACUUUGCUUGUAGCUUUUGUAAUUUUAUACCAUUUCGUAUUUAUUUCUCUUCCCAAUAUUUGUACUGAAUUGAUUGUAUAUCAUUAGAAGAUGUAAGACACAUUUCUAUACGCAAAUAAACAAUAUCGAUUUGUAAUUUUCCAUACACUUUA